AUCCCUCCUACACAUUCUUCUCACUAAAUACAAUUAUAAGCUAUAUUCUCAGAUAAAGACUUGAAAAUGGUGGUUUCCAGCAAUGGGCAUUUUGAUUGGGCUAAAGAAUUGAAAGAAUUUGAUGAGACAAAAGCUGGUGUAAAGGGUCUGGUGGACGCCGGGGUCACGAAGCUCCCAAGACUCUUCGAGCACCCGCCGGAGACUUUGCAGAGCCGCCCAAAGCUCGACGCUGUGCACCUGGAUCUGCCCACGAUUGACUUACAGGACCUCGGCGCACGGCGGAGUGAAGUGGUGGAGCAAACGCGUAAGGCUGCCCAAGAAUGGGGGUUUUUCAGGAUAGUGAACCAUGGGAUUCCGCUGGAGACAAUGGACGCCAUGUUGGCUGCCGUGAAGCGGUUCCACGAGCAGCCAACGGAAGAGAAGAUGCCUUGGUAUUCAUCUGAUGUCAGGAAACAAGUGAAGCUCAACAGCAACUUACCUUCACGUGAAAAUGAUCCGGCCAGUUGGAGGGAUAUCUUGAGUUGCGUUUUCAACGAUGAUCAGCUCCACCCCGAAGAUUUACCUUUAGCAUGCAGGAAGGAGGUGCAGCAAUAUGUGAAAUACAUGAUUGAACUUCGGGAAAUCAUGGCCGAAUUGCUAUCAGAGGCUCUGGGGCUUCCCAGCGAUUACCUGUCGAACAUAGAGUGCAUGAAAAGUGAGGCACUGGCAUGUUUGUAUUACCCGAAAUGCCCUGAGCCUGACAAAACCUUAGGCACACCAAAACAUUCAGACACAACUUUUCUCACCUUACUCAUGCAAGACAGCACCGGCGGCCUCCAAAUUCUACACGAUGAUCACUGGAUCGACGUCCCUCCCGUCCAUGGAGCUCUUAUUGCCAAUAUUGGUGAUCUCAUGCAGAUUAUUAGCAAUGACAAGUUCAUAAGCGUGGAGCACAGAGUGCUGGCUCAGCCUGUCGGGCCUAGGAUUUCAGUUGCAUGCUUCUUCACUCCAAGUAUGAAGGCUGCAGCGAAGCCAUUUGCUCCCAUAAAAGAGCUUCUGUCUGAUGAAAAUCCAGCCGUAUACAGGGAAUUCAUGUUCAGGGAAUAUACCCAACAUUACAAGACAAGAUUCGAUAAGGCUGAGACGGCAUUGCUUCAUUACAAGAUUCGAUGAACUGUUCUUGAAAUUCAAAUACCAUGAAGCACGACGAUUAGCAUGUUUAUUUUGGUGUGAUUGAUGUAUUUGAUAAGUAACUAUUAAGGACUAGUACUAGAUUAAAUACUACUAUGGGUCGUCAUUGUAAUAAAACACUUGGCCGUUCUUCCAAAUUACUCUCUGUACCGACUACCAACGGGGUGAUGUCUUUUUGUUCCAGUUAGAUGCGGGAUAAAUGAUCAAUAAUUGAGUUUGUGUUAUA